GAUCAACUUCAAUUACCAACUGCAGUGAAUGCUGUUGUAAAUAAUCAAAUGAAGUUAUCAAUCAUCGCCUGCCUUUUCUCGUGUUGGCCGAUUGCAAUUUUUGCCAUCAUUAAAUCGUGUAAGGUGAGGGGAUAAUCUCGCUUUUCCGAAUGAGAAAUGCACGGCUGGAAAAAAAAUUUUACUUUCUGGAACCACAAGAGAUUCAUUGAAACUGACGUUUCUGCAAAAAAUCAAGUAAAUGGACACUCGGACACCGUGUGUGACACUAACAAGUUGUCAGAUUGAAUGUUGUAUUUUAACAGAAAAAUCCAUUUCAGUGCACUGAUCUUAAUAAUAUACUUUCAGGAAUAUAACACAAAACUAUAAUUUACUGAUAACAUGCAUCGAUAACAUAUUCUGCCAGAAAAUCAAGUGUCCUAGAUUGUAACAUGGUAGUUGCACCAUGCAACUUGCAUGGAUAGGUUAGGUAGGUGACUCAGUUUUGCCAUUAGACAGAUUUAGAUCGAGGAUGCGGACGUCAAAGACGACGUGAAAAUGGCGUCAAAAUGGCGUGGCAUAUCCAUACAUGGGCACAACACGCCAUUUUCACGUCGUCUUUGACGUCUGCGUCCUCGAUCUAAAUCUGUCUGUUAUUAUAUUGAGAUUGGAUUUACGGUUAGGACUGAUCCUUCCCUUUCGGGAAGUACGGCACUGCGGCUAUACAGAGUCUCGUUUACGUGUAUGCAAUAUCACGGUUGAAACCCAACGUCUCAAUCAUGAAGAAGAGGCUCUAUUGCCAAGGUGACGUAGUUUCCAGAAGCGUUCAAUCUCGUUCCCCGAGGAUCGCAGGCUCGGGGAACGUUCCUUCGCGAGGAUCGCAGGCUCGGGGAACGAGAUUGAGAAGCGUGUACAUGAAACUGAAGGCUAAUUUCCACUCCGGAUAAUAAGCAGCCGAUCGAACCGGAUUGGAGGUGUUUCCGAUCCGGUCCAAUCCAGCAAGCGAUUUCCAGUAAAAGGACAAGUGGAAUAAUCGGAUCGGAAAAGGAAAAAAUGGAGCUCGUUCCAGUCUCACAAAUUAAUAUUUCGCGCUUAUUUCAAAACGGCAGCGGCUCUGAACAAGCGUGUCCUUCAUCUGAUUUGGUUACGUCGUCGCCAGCAAAGGAGAAGCAAACAAGGAGGAUACAUAAGAAAAAUUUUCGAUGGAAAAGUAAAUACCACUUAUUAAUAGAAAAGUUAAAGCUAUCAUGAAUAUUUUUGUAAGCAAUUUCGUAUGUUGCCAAACAAAUUAAUUUAAAGAGCUGUUGUACUCUCCGAUUCUUGUAAAUUCUCCAAGAAAGCUCCUGAAUUAUCCUCCAUUUUGUAAAUUUUAUACAGGUAUUAUUUAAUUAUUUUAAUUUAUGUCAGAUAAUACGGCAUUUUGAUUGGUCGCCAGGUUCAAUCCGCGGACUGGAUCAAAAAAAGUUGAAAAUAUUUCAACUUUUUAUUAUCCGGCCAGCAACGCCGGAUCAAUCGGAACCAAAAAUUUCUACUGAUGGCGCAUGCACGGAUUUUGCUUUGUUCCGAUCCGCUGCUUAUUUUCUGGAGUGGAAAUUAGCCUUGACAAAAGGCAUUUAGAAUUGAAAACAACAAAAUUAUAUGGGAGUCCAUUAUACAGCAUGACAAGAAAAUUUCCUGCAGAGAUUUUGUUAAAAUUUCCUAGCCGACCAGCGGUGCUAGCAGACAUGCAUUUCCAGCUCACUUCAUCAUCAUUUUCAUAUGCUGAUGACUAAAUGUUCAUCCCUUUAUUUCAAGGCAAGAAAUCGUUACAAAGCUGGCGACUAUGCCGGAGCCAUGGUGUCAGCGCGAAAAGCAAGAAACUUGGCUUAUGCCGCUCAAGUUUGUGGCUGGAUAGUGCAGCUUACUGUCAUGAUUAUAAAAAUCCUAAGAAAGAUGCCGCUUAAACUAGCAACGAUUCGAAAUUUCUGGCUGCGGGCAUUAUUAGAAUCUAACA